UGGCUAAACACCUGUUUCGGUAAAUUAGCAGCAAUAACAUGAAGAAAGCGGCUGGAUUUGUUAUUUUUCGCCGGCUUUGCGGGGAAAUACAAUACCUUUUGCUGAAGGCCUCCUACGGCUCCUUCCACUGGAGUUCGCCAAAGGGCCAUGUGGAUCCCGGCGAGGACGACUACACCACAGCUCUGCGGGAAACCAAAGAAGAAGCCGGUUAUGACGAAAAGGACUUGAUCAUCUACAAGGACACACCGCUGACACUGAACUAUGUGGUGCAGGGGAAGCCCAAGAUUGUGAUCUACUGGCUGGCGGAGCUGCGCAAUCCCUGCCAGGAGCCUAUUCUCUCCGAAGAGCACACCGACCUCAAGUGGCUGCCCAGGGAUGCCGCCAAGGCGUGCGUGGGCUUCAAGGAUAACCAGGACAUGAUAGACCGUUUCCACCAAAUGAUUUUAGAUCAAAACAAACCGGUAUAGAUUGUAAACAAAAAAGUAGUGUAGUGGCGUUGCGCAACACUGAAAUGUAAAUAAAUACCAGGGAAAAUACCACAGCAAA